AUAUCACUCAUCCACCUGCCUCAACAUUUUCUUCGUCUCGAUCAUCUCUCCCACAAAACAAAGUACAAGAAUGUUACUACGUGGCAUCGUAUCGGCCCCUCUUCCCUCAACCCUCUCCCUCAAAGCUUCCGCCCGGCCCUCCCAAAACGCCAGCCUUUCCUUCUCCAUCUCCGACCAGGAACUGGAGUCCCGAGGGUUCAGCCUCCGCCGUUCCAUCGCGGACCUGAACCUGGACCACCUGAACUCCGUCUUUGUAGCCGUGGGAUUCCCGAAGCGGGACACGGAGAAGAUCAGAGUAGCUCUGGAGAACACGGAAUCGGUGCAGUGGGUAGAGUACAGGAAGACGCAGAGGCCAGUGGCGUUCGCGAGAGCCACAGGGGACGGGGUGUUCAACGCCAUCAUAUGGGACGUGGUGGUGGACCCGUCUUUCCAAGGGAUUGGUCUGGGGAAGGCUGUGAUGGAGAGGCUGUUGGAGGAGCUGCUAGGGAAAGGCAUCACCAACAUUGGACUGUAUUCGGAGCCCCGCGUGCUGGGGUUUUACAGGCCUCUGGGUUUUGUUGCGGAUCCGGAUGGGAUCCGAGGCAUGGUGUAUUCCAGGAAGCGAAACAAGAAAUUUUAAUUAACAUUCUCUUUUGUUACACAUAAAGGUUGAAUUAUUUGAUUUUUAUUUUAUUUUUCCGUCUCGU